UCAGCACCGCGACCAGAGUCAGCAGCUGCAAAGCCUGCCAAUCAGUCGCUGGAGCGAGCUACAGUCUUGAGUAUGAGAGGAGUCGAUGCUACUUAUUCAUUCCUCCUUCCAACAUAGACUUGGCUUAUAGAGUCAGAUGGUGAAGUGGUAGAGUCUCAUUACCAGAUAGGACAAGUGUGGAUGGGCUCACUCGGUGGAUUGCAUCGACGAGCAGCAAGGAGAGACAGGCCGAAAGGGGGCGUUCGCAAAAUCAUGGACAACAAGUCGCCUGUCUCCACUCGCCACCACAGCAAGAAGCGCAAGCAUCGCCAUCGCUCCGAAGACUCGCUGCGCGAAGCCAGCAGAUCAUCGAAGAGCUCCAAGCAGACCACCGAGGAGCCUGUUGCGCCUUCCAUCAACCUCACAGAUUUGCCCAUAGAGAUUCUGUGGCAAAUAUUCGAGCUUAGUGAAUCGCCUCAGCUUCCACAGACGUCGUGCGCUCUGCGUCACACCUUUGCAUCCGCGCCGAGUGAUGUCAAGGCAGGAUUUCUCCUGAGGAGAUACGCCGCAAUCUUCCUCGAUCCGUGGCUCGAUGAGCAGGACACAGAGCGCUGGGCUGGAGCUCUUGUGCCCAAGACGAUGCCCGGGCACUACCGCUCUGCUCCGACGGUGCAUCUCUUCCAGACCGACUUCUGGCUUUCACGUCUUUGCGAGCCUUGCAGCUCCGAUUCAAGCGACUCCUCCUCAACAUCCCACUCUAGGGUGGGGAAUGGGGCGUACGAAACGUCAGAUGGGAUGUACGACAUGGUCCUGAGCUGCGGGGAUCCUCCUCGACGCCUCGAUCCUCGCUUUGCGUCGCUCAUCGAUUUUAGCGUGGCUUGCUCCGCUUGCGAUGAAGGAGUUCUUGCGUCCCUGCAAGAGCGGAUACGGCUUCAGCGCAGCGCUAGAAGGACUGGUACGAAGGGACACGCCGCGGUCAAGAAGAGCAUAUAUUUGCGUCUCCAUCGAUUGCCUAAGCAUCUGUUCAGAUCAUCCCCAUCGAAACCUUUCGAGGGCAGCGAACCCGACCCGGAAAAGGAGCGACAGUUCUUUUGCAAUGUGCUCUAUCCUUUUGGAGUCGGUAACGAGCUACCCCUGCCUUUCAAGUCUCUGCGAUUCCUACUUCGCCUGCUGACCAUCCACGUACACCUCAACUCGCCUAGCGACUAUGGCCUUUCGCGAGCGUGCUUCUCAAAGAAUGCACCCUUGAUGCGCCUACUGCUGGCAAACGUCUGUGCACCUCCUGGCAAGAAGUUUGGGCUGAGCCUACCGAGAGCGACGUGCCUCUCUGGCAAGUGGCUGCAGGGCCUGAAAAUAUUGGAGAAGAGGCCCCGACUUGAAUGGGUGGUUCGCAUGCAUAAAGCUUUUAAAAUCAUAGCUUGCUGGUUCGCUCUCAAAGAUGCUCAAGAGACUGGGAGGAUGUCCUUCGACGACUUUGGCGAGUUCCAAAUCGCCAUUGAUACAACACUUCACUAUCUGCAAUCAGUCGCUCGCCAAGAAGUGUCAAUGUUUACCAUCAAGAUCGUGUCUAGCAAGACUGAUUUCCUCAGAGAGUACCGACCCAGCACACUGUGGAGCGAAGGCGUUAUUCCGAAGCACGUAGGCGAGGAGCACGACGGUGUGCUAGAGAUCAGGGUGCCGAUACCAGAAUCUCUAGAGCGGCUAGCAGAGCACUUUCGAAAGGCAUGCGAAGCUCCAAAGUCCCGCAAGACUGCACCAGAUCCCGAGGACGCGAUGAGCUUCGGCUUCGAUGAAGCUCAACAAAUGGUGCUGAGCGAAAAGUGGCCCCAGGAUGCAAGUGUAGCUAGCUCACGCGAGCUCCACGAGGCCGUCCAGGCCGGUGCUUGGGAUAUUGCCGAUCAUUUGAAGUUCAAGGGCGUCAUCCCAGACCUGCCUACCCUGGCACUGUUGGAAGAACGCGAAGUCCAGCACAAGCGCCAUCAAGGCGAAGAAAAGCCUAGCAAGCGCAGAAAAAGAUGAGUAAAGCACAACGUUGUGUAUUGAACCGUGCCGCGUAGGCGCUCUACUCCUCCUUCAGGCCAGUCAAGCUCGUUAGGGGCACUUCGCACCUUCGAAAGCACUCGUUGGUCCUCUCGGGUCGUAGGCGCGACUCUCAAGACCUCCCUGUUUCCCGCCUCCACCCAAGCAAUUUUCAGCAUUCGUAUCGUCACCCUCAUCACCCUUCGACGCGUGUCAAUGCUCAUAAUUUCGCAAAGCU